AUUAAAAUGGAGUAUCAACACUGUUUCACAAAUAUGUCUCUGGAAAGUAAUACAGAAAAGGCAUCAAUUGAGGAAAAUAUCUGCAAUGAUGAAAUAGUAGAUGCGGGCACAAACGAAAAUAUUGACAUGGAAAUUAAAGUUGAGUAUCAACACUGUUCUGCAAGUAUGUCUCUGGAAAAUAAUACAGAAAAGGCAUCAAUUGAGGCAAAUAUCUGCAAUGAUGAAAUAGUAGAUGCGGGCACAAACGAAAAUAUUGACACGGAAAUUAAGGUUAAGUAUCAACACCGUUCCACAAGUAUGUCUCCGGAAAGGAUUUUUAAUUCACCAACAAAGGUUCGAUUGCGCAAAGUACACAGAAAGGAAAUUAAAAAAUUAAAAAACCAGUUAUAUGUCAAUUCUUGUAAAUUGAAGAGAGCACGAGAAAGAGUCAAAUCGCUUCAAACUGUUCUUAAAGAUCUACAGAAGCAAAAUUUGAUAUUGCAAGAGAAUGAUGUACUCAAAUAUCUAGAUGAAGGUAGAAGAGAAUUAAUUAAGUGUGAAAUAAGGAAGAAGAAAAAAUUGCCUGUUAGUAGAAAAUAUAAGGCUGCGUUACGGCAAUUUGCACUGUCGUUACAUUUUUAUUCGCCAAAGGCGUAUUAUUAUAUGCGUCAUAAAUUUCAUAAUUCAUUACCACAUCCUAAAACAAUUUCACGAUGGUAUCAAUGA